AUGUUCGAUGAUAAAACAGAAACGACUCUCCAGGACGCAUAUCAAGCACCUUUCAGCGCCUGGCGUCGAGAGCUUCGGCCAUGCGUGAGAUCAGAGUUCAGCGCUUGCAUCGGUCUACAGAAGCCCUGUACGCCCUGUACGCGUAGGUACCUAGGUACCGAGUUGCCCUGCCUGCGUGUCGGCCUGCAGGAAACGCGUUUGCACCCAAAAUUAGACACGGCUGCGCCCCGCCUUGGUGGCCUUGCUAUUGUGCUUCGUGCUUGUUGCUACGAAAGAAGGGACGACGAUUGA